AAUAAGAGAGAAUAUUAAGAUGGUGGGCUGGUCUAAAGCAGUGAAAAGUACCUUUCUAUGUAGAUGAUCUACAAUAAAUAAUAUUGCCUUUCUUAGUUUUGAGAUUGCACUUUACUUCUCUGAAUACCACAAUCAUUUCUUCUAUUCACUUUCUUCACAUCUCUCUCUUAAUAAAACUUUGCUGCAGCAAGAAAAUAUUAUUUUUAAUAUUUUUUGUUUUGUGAUAUUUAUUUCUAUUUAUCUUUAAAGGAUGGAGCAAUACCAUUAGCAUGUGCUGCAAGUACAGGUCAUUAUAAUAUUUUAAAAUAUUUAUUAACUAAAGAACAUGACUCAAUGGCUUUAAUAGAAACUAGAAAGUUUCUAGUAGAUAUAAUGGCUUGUGGAAAACAGUAUGAAAAUAUGCCAAUUUUGGAAUUUAUAAUAGCAUCACCUGCACCAGUAGAUACAGCUGUAAAAAUGGCUCGAAGCUACCAAUUGCUUGCUUUUAGAGAGAAAGAACGAUCACGUGAUUUAGAAAGGGCAGCAUUGUUUUGUCAAAAUAUGGCUUUUGAUUUGCUUUCCGUUAUUUCAAGUAGUGAAAAUGUUGGAACUGUUUUGCGUGCAUUGGAUUCUCGAAGUAUGCCAUUUUUGGAUGUUCUGAUCGAACUUCAAUUAAAAGAAGUAGUAGCACACCCUGCCGUACAAAGCUACCUGUCCGAACAGUGGAUGGGUAAUUUAACUUGGGCCACAUGGAAGAUUUUAUUAUUGUUUUUACUUUUUCUUGUGUGCCCACUCACAUGGCUUGCAUUUACCUUUCCACUUAAUCAUAAAUACGCUGAUACUCCAAUCAUGAAAUUUAUGUCAUAUCUAGUAUCUCAUAUAUUUUUCAUACUUAUUGUUUGCUUUACAGUAAUUAAUCCUUGGUUUCCCAUAUGGACAUCCACCACUCUUUAUCCCCAUCCACAUGAAUGUGCAUUAGUAAUAUGGCUUGCUGGACUCCUGGUAGCAAAUUUUACAAAUCCAAGAGAUCGUGAAGGUCUUGGUUGGAUCAAAGCAGCCAUGUUAAUAUUAGGAAUAUGUGCUAUUGCUGUACACUUAUUUGGAUUUUUAUUUUCUGAUGAGAAAACUAGACAAAUUAUUAUAUACAUUAGAAAUCAAUUCUUGGCAUUUUUGCUGUUACUUGGAUUCUUAGAAUUUCUAAAUUUCCUCACAUUUCAUCAUUUGUUUGGACCAUGGGCAGUCAUCAUUCAAGAUUUAAUGAAAGAUUUACUUCGGUUUUUGGCCAUUUUGACAAUAUUUUUAACAGGUUUCUCACUUCAUUUAUGUGCUGUCUAUCAACCAGUUUUUCCACCCGAAGAAGGAAUAACAUUGCCCACAUAUGGUCAAGAAUUUCAAUCACCCAUUAACACAUUUGAAAUGUUGUUUUUUGCAUUAUUUGGUUUAGUAGAACCUGACUACAUGCCACCUCAGCAUUUAAGUCCAGGAUUUGCUAAAGUUAUUUUAAAAAUAGUAUUUGGAGUAUACAUGAUGGUUACUGUAGUCGUAUUAAUCAACUUACUUAUAGCUAUGAUGUCUAACACAUAUCAAAGAAUUGAAGCUCAGUCAGAUACGGAGUGGAAGUUUGGAAGAGCAAAACUAAUAAGAGAUAUGAAUAAAAUGCUUCCAUCACCAUCACCAAUGAACAUUAUUGCAGUGUUCCCUUAUAUGUUUAAAAAAUUAGUUGAAAAAUGCAAAGGGAAAAAACAAUCAUUGUAUAGUAAAGGUAUAGAUUUACCUGGAGGAAAGGGACCACGACUCUGGUUUCGGAAAAAGGCAUCAAGACAGCAAGUAGUACCUGUGG